CUGGCCGCUCUUCAGAGGCACUGCCUUUUUAGUUACAACAGAGAAAACAAGAGACUACAAAUAUUUUUUUUAAACAAAAGAAAAACUAAUGUAUGUAGCUGGGGCGAGGUGUAACAUCGUCAGGGCAGUCGGUGGGGGAAAAAAUCGAAGGACAUUACUAAGAGAAGUGACGAUCUCCAUUUUUGGGAAGCAUUUGCCGGAUUGCUGAAGUGCUCGCUUUGGUUGCAAUGUCGUGAGACGACGAGGCAACCUGCUUUUUAAGCCGCACCACCAUACUGCCCUUUGCUCUUCUUCCUCCUCCUCCCUGUCCAAGCUGCUAACAAGGCUCGCUGCUAGCUUUAGGUUCAAAACAAAUGACGGGGGAGCUCAGCUAGCAAGCAUAAGACGAGGGGAGAUAAAAGUUAUUAUUUUUUUAAAUUGUUAAAUUUCGCCAGGAAACAAAUCGACGUAAAAACCGAUGUCGCAAAAUUGCUGAAUCUCCCGUCGGAGAAUGGGGGACCGCCGAGCAGCUGGGAUAACAUUGGCUUCUCCGCACAGUCAUCUCGUCUUGCUCGCCUUUUCUCACCCCCUGGACGCCUGCGUUGCCAUUGAGGGGAUUUAUGGGCUCACAGGUUUCAUCUGAUGAGAUGAGCGUGCGUGCUGGCCAGGGGAGUGAUGAGGUGCUGGUGUCACAGGCUGUGUGGGAUUACCUGGCCGCUGCAGGCAGGCCCUGGCUCCUCGACUUCCAGCACGAGCAGGGCAUGAACGCUGGCAUCGUCCGGCGUGGUGAGAGAGGGGGCUGCUGCGCCGUGAGGCUUCAGCCGGUGCCAGGCGCCAGGCUCGCCAGCGUGUCGGAUGCACCCGUUUCCAGUGAGACACGUAAAGCCUUCAUCGAUCUGUGCCGCUGUGCCCGCAAGGAGAUGAGCAAGCAGGAAGGUGGCCCCAAAAGGAAGCGGGCCCUGCUGCCCUGCGUGGGGGUCCUGGAGCCAAACGGCGAGGGGAACUUGCUCCAGCCGCCCCCCCAGCCCCGCCGCUCCCAGCGACAGCAGCAGCAGAAGUUCCGGAAGGCUGCGGACGAAGAGGCCUUCUCCGUGGUUCACGAGGCAGCCCACCGGAAAGACUGUGGAACAACUUCCCACAGCGAGGCUGAUGACAACACUUCUUGCUCCAUCUGCAUGGGUGACAUUGUAGACAAGACCACCUUGGAGAAGUGCGGCCACUCCUUCUGCCGCUGCUGCCUGGAUCAAGCGUUCAAGGUGAAGAGGGCCUGCCCUGUGUGUCGUCUUGUUUACGGCCAGCUAAUAGGUAACCAGCCUGCCAAUGGCACCAUGAUUGUUGAGCGGGAUCCCGCCCUGCAGCUACCGGGUCAUGAGGGCUAUGGGUGUAUCUGCAUCAUCUACAGUUUCCCUCCUGGUUUACAGACGCCAGAGCAUCCCAACCCGGGCGUGCGGUACCCAGGAACAGACCGUUUGGCCUACCUCCCCGACAGCCCCGACGGGAACCGUGUGCUAGGCCUGCUGCGCCGGGCCUUUGAACAGCGCCUUACCUUCACGAUCGGUACCUCCAUGACGACAGGCUUGCAAAAUGUCAUCACCUGGAAUGACAUCCAUCACAAGACCUCAAUAUGGGGCGGGCCCCACUGUUUUGGUUACCCAGAUCCCACUUACCUGGUGCGCGUGACAGAGGAGCUGCGAGAAAAAGGCAUCACCGUGGACUGAAGUGAAAGACCUUCAGGUGUUUGCAUGACUUGAUGGCGUGUAUGUCAUGGUAAGAGGGUUCCAGGUUGUUGUGUCAAGACGUCCUUUGAAGGUUGGCAGCGGGCCCUCAGCGGACAGGUGGCUGCUGCAACAGAGUCCAUGUCAGUGUGCUCCCACUUGUGUUGGCUUCAGCUCAGUGCGGAAGGGGAGCGUGAGUGCAGCUCGUUUUCACGCUAUCUCACGAUCCUCCGCCCGUUUGCCAUGGCAAAAGCACUUGUUGCACAUGCUUCAUAUUUUUUUAGGAAGUAACUCUUGCUGUCAUGAAGAUGAUUUUUUGUUUGAAUGUUUCUGCUCUCAUUUUUUAAUUAGUUUCGGAGAGUUCAUCCUUUGCCAGAUGACAGAAUAGCAUUGCUAAAAAAAAAAAAGAAUUUGCAAUCUAAAGCACUUGUGAGCACUUUUUUUCCCACCCACCCAUCUCUUCCUCUUUCCUUUUUCUUUUUUUUACCAGCAGGAGCAGCAGCAGUCUAGUUGCUUGAUGUCAUUAGUUCAGAACACUCGUUUGCGAUGAUUUGUAUUCCCCGUGUCCCAUCUUGAACUAAAAUAGGGAGUGUAUGAAUUCAAUGAUGUGGCUUUUUAAUCCAUGGGUCACCCAUGUUAUUCCAAGUUGUCUCACAGGCAUUGGGCCCAUAUGACCGUAGUUAUUAGUACUGUGUGCUCAUCUAAUGACGCGUUUCCAGAUUUAUGACGAUGUCAAAUAUGAAGGGCAUACAAGCCACUAAACCAAAUCAAAGGCACAAAGGCUCUUUAAAGAAAAUCAAAUCUAUGCCUCUGUCCCUGUCAAACUGGGAGAUUUGCCUGAUGAAGCUCUCAUUUAAAAUGAGACUACUGUUGUAAAUACGUUUAUCUGGAUUGAUGAUCUGUGAUACACAGUUGGAGGAAAUUAUAAAAAAAAAACUUGGGAGCAAAUAUUUAGAAUUUUUAUGGUGUGGAUUUUGUUGUGCCUUUUCUGAUACUCACUUUGGUUAAAAAUUUGAGCAUGCCAUUAGAUAUGAAUGGAAGCAAAGUAUGUUGUGGGUGUAUUUCUGUGUUGUUUGCUAAAUUGCUAAUAUUUGUAGCGGAGGGAGUCACAGUUCCAUGUAUCAAACCGCGUUGCUGAAGCGAGUUACACACGUACCGAUUUGUAACAUCUUUACUGAUGUUGACAAAAUGAGACGUGUCGAGGGACUUUACGGAAGCUAAUCGCACACUGGCCAAGGUGGGGUUGGUGGCGACUGAGUCGGAAGCUAAUUGUCAAUGGUGGGUGGGCAAAGUGGGGUAGACUGAGUGUCCCUAUCAGACGCUCAUUAUCGACGGGGUGGUUUGUGCGGGGGGGGGGGGGGGGGGCUUGGGGCAAACAAGCACACCCUGCAACGGAGUCCUAAAGUCAUUCACUGAGGAGUGAGAGUCAUGUUGAGAGAAGAAAGUACAGCAAAAAUUGGAGAUGAGGAGCAAGGAGCUACUGCCUCGAAAGGGAUCAACAUUCGUUGUCCGGACUUGGUUUUGGAGUCAGGGCAAGCUUGGGGCAAACAAGCACACCCUGCAACGGAGUCCUAAAGUCAUUCACUGAGGAGUGAGAGUCAUGUUGAGAGAAGAAAGUACAGCAAAAAUUGGAGAUGAGGAGCAAGGAGCUACUGCCUCGAAAGGGAUCAACAUUCGUUGUCCGGACUUGGUUUUGGAGUCAGGGCAAGCAUAUUGGUAAAUUUAAAAUCUAUUGAGUAAAUGUAAUUUUUGUAUUGAUUAUUCUAUUAUAACACAUUUUAAGGUUUAAUUUUGCACUGAAAUAUUUACUGUUUGUUGAAAAGCAAUGCAUUCAAAAUAGACGUAUUUUCUAACAUGAAUAAUUGUGAUUCAUAACCGUGAUUACAAUAUUGAUCAAAAUAAUCACGAUUAGCAUUUUGGCCAUAAUCAUGCAGCCCUAAGUUGUAUUGACCACACAAGGAUUUGAAAGCGUAUACAGCAAAUUGGUUCAAACGUUCACAGCGGGGCUGACCGUUUUCCAAGCAGAUCGGAAGAAAAACCACUUGAACACUUACCACACUACAGGAUAUUUGCUAAGGAUAACAUUUUACAGACAGAGAAUGGGGGCUUUGUGGACUUUGAUUGGAGGAAGCGGGCAAAUUUGGCCUAAUUAUCGGUACGUGUGAAACCCGCUUAAGUGCAGUAACCUGCUUGGCUUUGUGAUACAUUUUGUCAUUACAUGCAUUUAAGUUUUUGUUAUCUUUUCUGUUUAAGGGACCAACAGAUCUAUUUGGACACAGGAUUGUAGUUUUGCAAAAGCUACUGUGUAAACAUUUCUAUGCAUUAUAUGUGAAUAAGGAGGAAGCAGGAGGGGAGCUUACUCAUGCUACAGAGAGAUAAGUUUGUAGUUUUGCUUUUCUGUCAAUUGGUACAUUGUUGAUAUUCAGAAAAAAAUUGCUUUACAUUUUAAUACCUAAAUAAAAAAUUUUGUUUGGCACUGCGUUGGAUAUUUAAUGCCUGCCCGCCAACCAUAACAUAAAAAUGUAGUGUUGUGCUCAAGACCAAGAGUUGCCCGAAACCAGAACUCAAUGAGACCAAGACCAACUAGACCAAGACUUUUGGGAGUGGAGACCGAGACAAGAUCAAGAUCGAAACAAACCGAGACUGAAAAGACCAAUAACAAAAAAAUAAAAUAUAUAUCAGUUUAAAAAAACCAUGACAAGAUUGAAUUGUCCAUCCAUCCAUCCAUUUUCUACCGCUUAUCCGAGGUCGGGUUGCGGGGGCAGUAGCUUUAGCAGGGAUGCCCAGACUUCCCUCUCCCCAGCCACCUCAUCCAGCUCUAACGGAGGGAUCCUGAGGCGUUCCCAGGCCAUCCAAAGCUGUCAACCGAUCUUUCAAAGCGCAACAUUCAAAAAUCUAAAUUUUUUAAAAUCCAAUUCUUGCAAAAAUACAUCUUUGAAAGUAUUUAAAAAUGAAAUGCGAGAAUAAAGCUAGUUUUGUUGUUUUACCAAAUGCUUCUUAUUAUAACAAUGAAAUUCAAGAACAGCAUAUCAGUGCUGGUCACGACCGGUCUCAACAGAAAAUCCAGAGUCCGGCCAGUCUGAGACCGCGAAAAGACCUAGGUGGAAAUGAGCGCACAUGUUGUAGCCGACUCCUCCCUCCCUGUCCACGCCGACAUUUAAAUAGUCAAAUCAUAUUUAAAUGAACCCUGCACCUGAGAUCCCAAGCUCUGCAUGAUCAGGUGAAAAGGACAAUGAACAAGGUAAUGAAGAAAAAUAAUUUUUCUGAAUGUGAAGUUGCUCGAUGAAGUAGAGGUGCGCAAGAAAAUCCUCUUGGCACGCUGUCCUCCGGCGUUAACAACACGCGAAAGAGGUGACACUGGGACUGGUCAGACAUUAAGGUGGAUAUGAAGCGGAGAACAGCUGCCCACUGCCAAAGUGUGGACAAAAAAAAGGCGGAAGAACCCGCGCGGAGGGCCUCACCCCUUUCGAGGACAGAAUCGUUGCGAUCAUGGGUGACACUGCUCUCACAUGUGGCUGACUGAUCAACUCACAAGGUUAGCUAUUUUUAGAAUUCAUAACAAAUGUGUCCAUACAGUAACCUACACUCAGCCCUGUGAGAUAAAGGUUCAUGCGUCAAUGUAUGUAUGGUAUUUUAGAAGCAUAUCAAAGAGGAUAUCAACAACUUUGAGUCCUUUUUGAUGACUCAAUUUAUUAUUAUUAUUAUUCGUCCACGUCCCCGUCUCCUCCGGCAUCCCCAGGGUCUCUGAUGCAAUUAUGCUCCCAACAACUGGCUGCUGCUGCACCUGUGCAGACUGAUAAAAAGAGUCCUUUGAAUUUACUCAAUUUGAACAUGUACAUGGGUUGCACAUGAUUAAAAUGUGUUAAAAUUACAUAAUUUACCCCUCCUAAAAUUUUUUUAAAUUUUAACACAUUUUAAUCAUGUGCAACCAAUGUACAUGUUUCCAGUAGUUUGAGCCGCUCUAGUACGACAACUGACAGUCAAUUGACAGAAUACUUUUGAGACAUAAAGACAUAAGAAACACAGUCACUGAGCAAUAAAAGGUUACCAGUAAUGUGGUAAUGCCGGUACAAUUAUUUGUUGUGUACAGUGUCGAUUGCGCAAAUGUUGCAGAUACUACUCCGGCACACGAGUGGCCAGUAUUGGUUAACAACAGAUAUGCAAAUAGUGUAGCGUGGCGAGACGACUAGUGAGUGCACGAGUAAUGUAUAAUUGGCCCGACAAAGACAACGAACUCAAGACAAAAUUGGCAGCAUGUUGCAUGUUGAAUUUUAAGUUAACUGCUUAAGUAGUUAAUGGCAAGAGGGAAGAAGCUGUUGGAAUGUCUGCCUUUUUUUAGUUUGCAUUGUUUGAUAGUGAUUGGCACAGUGGCCGACUGGUUAGAGCGUCAGCCUCACAGUUCUGAGGAGCGGGGUUCAAUCCCCGGCCCCGCCUGUGUGGAGUUUGCAUGUUCUCCCCGUGCCUGCGUGGGUUUUCUCCGGGCACUCCGGUUUCCUCCCGCAUCCAACAAACAUGCACGUUAAUUGAAAACUCUAUUGCCCGUAGGUGUGAAUGUGAGUGUGAAUGGUUGUUUGUUUGUAUGUGCCCUGCGAUUGGCUGCCAACCAGUUCAGGGUGUACCCCGCCUCCUGCCCGAUGACAGCUGGGAUAGGCUCCAGCACGCCCGCGACCCUAGUGAGGAGAAGCGGCUCAGAAAAUGGAUGGAUGGAUGGAUGUUUGAUAGUGCCUACCUAAGGGAAGAAGCUGCAAGAGGUGGUGACCAGCAUGUGGAGGGUCCAAGAGGAUUUUCCAUGCUCUUGUUUUAGUUCUGGCAGCGUGCAAGUCCUCAAGGGUGGGUAGCGGGGUACCACUUUGAGGGCAAUCACUUUGAUAUGCGUCCUCUUUAAACUGGCGAAGUUGCUUAAGUUUGACAGUGAACCACGGUUUGUUGUUAUUGAAUGUGCGAGAUGACUUUGUUGGUACACACUCCUCUUCACAUAAACUGAUGUAGGAUGUGACAGUGGCCGUACAUUCAUCCAGACUUUUCAAAGACGCUCCAGUCUGUGCAGUCUAAACAGCUUUGAAGUUCUGUCUUUGCUUCGUUGGUCCACUUUUUCACUGUUUUCACCGUAGGCGUCGCGCAUUUAAGUUCUUUCCUGUGUGUUGGUAUGAAGUGAAAUACGCAGUGAUCAGACGAGCCCAGGGCUGCACAAGGUAUGCGUUAUUUAGCGUAGUAUAGCAGUGGUCUAAUAUGUUACUUUCCCUGGUAGGACAGUUGAUGUGCUGCUUGUAUUUAGGGAGUUCGUGGUUGAAUUUAGCUUUGUUAAAGUCCCCGAGAAUAAUGAGGGGUGAGUCUGGGUGCUUUUUUUUCAAUUUCGUUUACUUGUUCAGCGAGCAUUAGCAGUGCGGCGUUCAUUUUAGCUUGAGGCGGAAUGUAAACACCGGGGAGAAUGAAAGAUGCGAACUCACGCGGCGAGUAGAAUGGCUUACAGUUCAAAAACAGCGACUCUAAAUACGCGCUGCAGUGUGUGCUGAGCUCCGUCACGUCAGUACACCAUUUUCCAUUGAUAUAGAAGCAUAUCCUGCCGCCUUUUGUUUUCCCCGAUAACUCCAGGACACAAUUUGCCCGGUGUAGAUGGAAGCCCGGAAGCAUUACGGCGCCAUCGGGGACAGCCUGACAAAGCCAAGUUUCCGUAAAGUACAGGGCGGCGGAACGUCCGAAGUCUUUACCGGUCUUUGUCAGAAGAUGAAGCUCGUCUAUUUUGUUGGGUAGAGAGCGUAGAUUCACAAGGUGGAUCGACAGGAACGCCAAUCUGUAUACUUUCUUGCGGAGCUUCACUUGGAUGCUGGCGCGCUUCCCCCUUCGUCACCUACGCCUCCAUGCGCCCAAGACCGCAGCCCCCCGUGAGUAACUCAGGGGGGAGGACUGAGCAGAACAACCUUAUUGUUUGACUCAGUAUUUUCGAAGACCUUUCAUCCGGCCUAAUCAUUUAAGAAUCACCUCGACCAGAAUAAAAAAAACGGGUAAUAGAGGUUUGAAUGGUGAGCAGGCUAAACCCGUGCCGUGACUUUUCUUUGUUCGGUUUCAGUUUAUAGUCCUCGUCUUUUGUAAGCCAAAGACUGCUGCCUGUCGUGACGUUGUGCAGUCUCAGACCAAUUCUAGCUUUGCUUCGGUCUCGGGGUACGUUCGGAAAUUCAGUACGACGCUCCUACGGGAUUGCGGUACUCAAGAGACAGAGCGCGCUCCAUUUUCUAUAACUUUACUAAUGAACAUGUUGGCUAUUAGCAGGGAUAUGUCAGUCCAGCUGCCAUAUUGAAUGUGUCAGUUUUGCAUGUAUCGAACGGCACACUCCAACAACGCCCCGGUUUCCCAACGUUCCGGGGUACGGAGAGCGCGCCCGGAGUGAAUUUCCCAACGUACCAUCAGUUGAUAUUUUAUGCGGCUGUUGUGUCAGUGUGACUAAGAGUAAUGCAACUAUGUCUAUAAGAAGAACUGGGUGUGUAUCUGUAAUGGGAUGUAUCAGACAAAAGUGUAUGUAUGUUGUGUAAGCGUGCGGCCAGUAAUUUGUAUCAAGAUGCUGCUCGUGGAAUUAUGUGCACCUUUGGGUCAUGACGUUGUGCAGGCCAAUUUCAUGCUUCCAUCCAGCCCGCGGGCCAGGAGCUUGACAUGUCUGUUGUAUAGGAUCUUGCCAUCAUAAUUAACAUUGUACAGCACCAGAUUAUGUGAUAGAUGUUGCCCACUCUACAUCUAUUGCAGCCUGGUCCUCCUGGAAGGAGGAUCUCCCCCAUCUGCGGUUACUUCUCAAGGUUUCUUUUUUCCCCAAAUGGCGUUUUGAGUUUUUCCUUGCCCGAUUGGGUGGUUAAGGUUAGGCGAUAUCGUCAAUCAUUGCCAACUGUGGGCCUGUGAAGCCCUUUUGAGACUCUUGUGAUUAAAGGCUGUACAAAUAAACUACAGAUUCCGAUGGAGCUGAUACAACUGCAGCAUAAUGGGGCACUAAAGGCAAAGUCCGACACUGUGGGGCCUGCACAGUUCACUCACUUCAUACCUGAAGCAAUGCUCCAGCUCCGUUUGAAUAUAGCUCAAACGCUGUCUUUAUUUUGAAGCACAUACAGUAUGUGUGCGAGCAACUGUUCUCUGUGACGAAGAUGAAUAAAACAUCACACAGGAGUCGUUUCACAGAUGAACACUUGCGAUCAAUCCUGAGAGUCUCAACAGCAAAUAACCUUACCCCAAACAUCAAUGAAAAUAAAAUAUGCCAAGUAUCCACCUCGGCCAAAAUUGCAUAUGAAAAUUUCAAGUUUUCAUUUUUAGUUUUACUCCA